CGCGGUACCACGCUCGCGGAAAGCGGUUGAAAGCAGUUGGCUGACCGACAGCGACGGGGACGUUUGUCGUGCGGUGCAGUCAUGUCCGUCCGGUUCUGAGCGUUCGGUGUGCGGUCCACGUGGGUUUUUGCACAAUGUCAUUGAGUUCCAUCGUUCUAUUAACUGCAGUUUGGUUAGCAAUGUCCAAGGUAUUGACCUGCGAAUCGCUCCGUAAUAGCGGCGGUCACCGGGGCCGUCAUAAAUACAAACGACGACAAUUAUAUUCCGGGGAAAAUAACGGCAACGUGCGCCUUCAUCUAGACAACUCGCCGCUGCAACAUAAUCCGUCAUUGUUACUGUUGGAGGACGAUAACGAAGCAGCGACUGCUGACGCUACGUUUGAGUUGGACAAACCACUACCCAUCGACCAGGUAGCAGUUCCGGUUGGUGGAAAAGCUUAUCUGCCCUGUGACACACGAAACGAAGAUCUGGGAAAGUCUAGAGACUCUUCCGGAUUUUACAUGGUUAUGUGGUUUAAAGAACAGAAGGAAAACAACCCACUAGAUCAAAGCUACGAACAAGCCGGACAGUCAUCUUCCUCAAUUUUACCUUCUUCCGGUGAACCAAUAUUCACGUAUGACACAAGACAGACAUCUACAAAAAUUCCAGUUCCUCCGAGAUGGUGGUCUUCGCCUUUGGGUUUUGGCGAUCGUGCAUAUUUUCACACAAUCAGCAAUGAACAACAACUACAACGUGAACAAGAUUUAGUCGAUCAUCUGACGGUGGAUAGAGCUAUGGCCACCGAUACUGGAGUAUAUAGAUGUCGAAUCGACUUCUUAAAAGCUCCCACCAAGAACAGACUGGUUAAUUUGACAGUCAUAGUUGCUCCUGAACGACCAACCAUUCAUUUCGAGCAUGGAAAUUCUAUUGGAGGAGAUCGUCCAGAAAAUUACCAACAAAAAUUCGGAAAUGUGAUUGUUGUCGAUGAAGCAAGUCCAACUGUUACAUUGGUGUGCCGCGUUGUUGGAGGGUGGCCGAGACCUCGAUUGACGUGGUACCACGAAAAUACAGUAUUGCAGUCUGCGUAUCAACUAGUAAAUGACGAUGACCACAGUCGCGGGUACCGCAGAAAGCCGAACAACAGUGUCACCUCGGCCGGUGUUACUGUUAACCGUUUGGUAUUGACUAACUUAACCAGGUGGCAUCCGAUAAUGAGCCAGCGACAACAAACAUUGGGCACGACUCGAUUGACUUGUCAGGCGAGCAACAGCAUUCUACAUCCCGUGUCCGGUGGGGUUUCCCGUCCUCCGGCGAUCGCUGUAAAUUUGCCGCCGCCAGCCACUACCGAACACACGUUUAUCCGUCUGAACCUGAUACCCACCGAAGUACAAAUCAUAUCAAUAAAAGAAUACGCAAACCAUUUGAAAAGUAAUGAAACCCAUAAGAAUGAAAAAAAUGAAGUUUUCCCGUCAGAUGACACAGUUAGUCCCAACAAAUAUACAAUAAGAGCCGAUCGGUUGUAUCAAGCCGAGUGUCGUUCGAAAGGAUCUCGACCAUUGGCUACAAUCGAAUGGUAUCUAUUAAAAAAUAAUCAACGCUUCAACAUUAGUCAGUCGACAAAUUUCACUCAUACGUUGGAUGCAUCGUCCCUGAUGGUCUUAUUGGGAGAACAACGAAGUGGUACGUCUGCGAAUUCAAAAAUCACAAUAUCCGGAAUAGUGAAAACACAACAAACACCAGAAAUAGUGACGGACAAAGAUGAAUUGGUCGUGACCACAAGUAUUCUAAGUUUCGUACUUUGGGGUCCAAAAUCUGCAGUUAUUAAUGAAAAUGAUGACAAUGAAUCAACUUUAGUUUGUCAUGCAUACAAUCCGGUCAUUAAAACAGUCGACCGUCAUUACGUCGAAACCAAAAUAACAUUGGAUGUUCAAUACCCUCCAAUAGUAGAGUUACGAUUUGGAAAACGUAUGCCGGACACCGGAAGUAUUGGUCCUGGAGAUGACGUUUACUUCGAAUGCGCUGCCCGAGCCAAUCCGUCAACUACCAUCCGUUACAGUUGGUACCACAACGGUGUUCGGCUGACGCAAGAGACGGAGAAAAGACGAACGGACGACGGAGACAAAAGGGGCGAAAAGAGAAACAACAGGCUGGCAGGUGGCGUUAUACAGUACAGCCAGUUGGGUAGCUUAGUUUUGCAAUCCGUGAAGGCCGCUGCAGCGGGAAAAUAUUCGUGCCAGGCGACAAAUGGGAUCGACAGCGACAGCAACGAGAACAACAAAACGAUCAGUAAUACUGUUCGCUUGUAUGUAAAACAUGUUCCGGUGUGCCAGCAUCGUGAAGAUAUUUAUGUUGUUACGAAAAAAUCCGACCCAGCCACCGGGCCAGUGAUUCGAUGUCGGGCAGGUCAUGGACAUCCACCGACCAACGAAUACCAUUGGAAAUUCUAUCCUGAACAAGCAGAACUAGAAACCCACAAUAGAAGUCCCCUUGAAUCCAAUGAAAUGACAUUAACUGGGCGAUCAAUAAGAGAACUAGACUCAUUACUUACGGAAACAGCUGUCCAAGGCAGUGAUGGUGGAAUAUCAUAUACAUUUACCACAAGUACGCCGGUAUUAAAAUCGUAUUUAUCAGUCGUAUCGGCCGCAGCUUCAGCCUCUUCAAGCGCAGUUCGUCCAAACUUUCUUCACGGUCGACUAGAAUGCCGGGCCGUCAACGCAAUGGGUAUACAAAACAAACCCUGCGUUUAUCAUAUAACAGACAAAACAAUGAUCAAUCAGGGUAGUAGAGAUCUUCAAGAAAUCACUGAUUGUCGGUCAAUAUCAAAAAAAGAACUAUCGAACGAAGACUCCAACACAACCUUGUCGUAUGCUUGUGGGACCAAAGUGGAAGGAAUCGUCACUACUAAUAGAAGAACCCGAUUUUGCAUUACGUGUUCGUUGAACACGUCGUCGAUACAUUAUCAUCAACAUCGGUUCAAUAAUUACGUUUUACAGCUUUUUAAAUCCACACCCAGAGAACCACCUGCAACAGUUGCGGUUGCAUUUAAUGUGACUGGCGUCACUAUAACCGAUAAUAAUAAUGGAAAUAGUAGAGAUAGUAUAAACGAACAAGACGAUGGUGAUUACUAUUUUGAUCCCGAGGAAGACGUGGUGGAUAGCAAUAUAGGUGAUUAUAAUCUGGAUACUAAGAAUGCAGUCCAGAAAGUGGUAUUUGUAAUCGACGACAGCGUAGAACCUGGAAUAUAUCGUGGAAGGAUUUACAAUAGUUAUGGGAGCACUAUAUCUGCGAUUAUCAAAGGAAUGAUCAAUGUUGCAGCAGUGCCUUUUAACGAUGUAAAUGACAACGACAAUUCCAACUAUAUUAUUGACGACAUCGGAGAUAACUCAGACGAAUCGACGUUGGGCUACGCUUGGCGCCGCGUCACCGUCGCUCUGGUCGACGCGUUUUCCUUGGUCCUGCCGCCGUCCGCCGACGGCCCGGAACCGGACUGGGACGAGGACCGCGCCCGGCCACCGCGCAGGCGCUGGAGGGCCACUUCCGCCGCACUGACGGCCGUCCUAGUGGCCGUGGUCGCGGCGCUGUCUUGCGGCAUAUGCGGCGUGGUGGCGUUAUUGUACCGCCGUCAGCACUACGGCGGCGACCGUCGCGGUGACCGCGGCCACGUGGCGUACGGCCUCGGAUGCAACGGUGCCGGUGACGACGGCGGUGACGGCGGUGACGGCACCGGAAAAACUCCGAUCGUCGGCCGACUGAAGGCCGCCGACGCCGCGCCGCCGGCCACGGACGCCGUCGACGAGACGCGACAACAGCACAACCAGCAGCAACAGCAACAGCUGCAGCAGCAGCGACAACUGCAACUGCGACAGCAACAAAUACAACAGCGACAGCGACAACUACAGCAGCAGCAGCAGCAGCAACAGCGACAACGACGACUGCAACAAUUGCCCGCCGCCGCGUCCGCCGACGACGGCCGCGGCGGGGCUUGCACGCCCCUGCUGCACUCGCAGACGACGGCUCGCCGGGUGCAGUUGCACGCGUCGGGGGAACCGGAUGCAGCGGGUCGACCGCUGUCCGUCGCCGCGUUUCCGGCGGCGUGCGGCCCGGACGACGUUUACGACGACGACCGCGACUACGACGCCGCCGCCGCCGCCGCAGACCCGACCGUCCUCUGCGGAAACGCGACGUCUGUCGACCGCCGCGACGACGCCAGAGGAGGGCCAGACAUCGUCAUGUCCACGGCCGCGACGCUGCAUAUGGCCGAUACCGAUAUGUCAAGCAGUAACUGGCCACAGAAAGAUCAACAACCACAAACGAACUUCAAUACCACGAACAGUAACCACAAAUGGUCAUUAAACCGACUUCAGUAUCAAAAACCAUAUACAACUACUAUUCCAAGGACCAAAUUUACAACGACUUUAACUCCUACAGCAGCUGCAAUCUUAACAAAUAAACAUACAAUAUCUAAAAUAAUCAAGCCGACAAUAGAUGAACCUAUAUCGGUAUCAUCUCGAGUGAUAUUAAACGCGCUUCAUCGAGAGUCAUCCAUUUAAAACUAUAAUUAACUAUGCAUGUAUACUGUAUAAGGUCUUAUUAAAUAAUCGUUGUCUUAAAGACUUUAUUCUCUUUUUGCUCUAACUUUAUUUUUUCGGUCUUUUUGUGAUUAUUAUUAGAUGCAUAAAUUGUGUGUAUUUACCGUAUCUUAAAGUUAAAUAUCUAUUUUGUCGUUGACCAUUGCCACGUUACAAUGAUAUUGUGAUUCUACAUUUUUUUUCUGAAAUUGUUACUUACUGUUAUUGUUAAAAUAUUAUGUCUUGAUACGUUUUCAUUCCUACGGACGUGUUACCAAUUUUAAGUUUUAAGAUAGAUAUAUAACCUUAUGAUUUUAUGUACCUAUUACUUGUUAGUAUAUUAUUUAGGCAAAUCAAAAUCAUUAGUUAUACUUUUGCAUUGUUUAUUUUUAGAAAAACUAUUUAUUUACAUUAAAUUAUAUUAUGGUAGAUAGGUAUUAUUUGAUUUACCAUUGUCAUAAACUCAUAAUAUUAUGUGUACAUAUCAAUAUACAUAACCAUGUGUUAUUACUUAUUCA